AUGCUUAAUACAUACAUCUAUUUUUUACGGUUUGAAACCGCUUUUUAUUUGGUGGCGCUGGAACAUAUUCGCAAAAUACUCUUGGAAAGUACUGAAGCUGCCAGUUUUAUGUGGAGGACACCGAUGGAUUUUCUUCAGAGGUAUUUCGGUAAAGACUUGUUUUUACCUCCGCCCCAACUGUAUGAACUAUCGCGAUUCCUGAAUUAUAAACGAUUGGAUGAAUUACUGGAAUUUGAGCAAAUUCGAUCUAAAGAAGGCAUUACACAUAUGCUUCCCGUUAUACAGAACUGUACUGACGGCUCUGUUAGUUUGCUACCGGGCGAUGAUUUUUAUCCCAGCGAUCCACAGGGCUCGGACCAAGCAGAAGUAAUUAAUCUUACAAUGAUGGAAUAUAGAUCAAAGACCCAAAAACUGCAUCGCAUAGAGUUCUUCAACAACAGUAAACCGCUUAUACAAUUGAAUUGUUCGUCGACAGAUGAUCAUUUUUCACCAACAAACAUAUGA